ACGCGCGCGAGUCGAAGCGGCGCCCGCGACCGACAUAGCACGGCCGUCGCGGACUUUUCCUUGCCGACGCCACGACCGCGUGGCAGUCGUCACCUUCCUGUGCCAACUACGUCCCAGCGCGCCUCCACCUCGCAUCCAGCCGUCCCUCCGGCCCUCUUGACGCAUACUUCAUCGUCUAUAGUGGUUGUGGUGACGCGUUCGAAAAGCCAUGAGCAGCCCGCGCCGUGGACCGCCACAGCACACAGCGCGUACGACGUGAAAGAUCAAUUUCGGAAUGAGAACCAUGACAAGUCGGCGCCGUUGGACAAACUGGGCGCAACGGUGCGGGAUCGGCAAGGCCACACGUGGGUGUCACCGUUGGCGUUCCCGCCCGCGUCGCGAAGCCACUCUGAGCACGAAUCUCGGCGUCUGAGAAGCCGCCCGCGCACAGUUGCCCCCUUGUUUCCAUCGGGCACGGCUGCUCGUUUUUUUGUGAGCACCGCUUGA